AUGACCCAACAUCCACCCUUAGGGCACUUCGACAUCGAAGACGUCCUCACUAAGCUAGACACCGUUGAGAAGAUCUCUCUGCUAUCCGGCAUCGAUUUCUGGCACACUUUUCCAGUACAUCGUCUGGGUGUCCCCUCCAUCCGUGUCUCUGACGGCCCCAAUGGUGUCCGUGGUACUCGUUUCUUCCAGGGCGUACCCGCCGCCUGCCUCCCUUGCGGCACUGGCUUAGCAGCGACAUGGGACACCGACCUUAUCCACCGGGGUGGCGAGCUGCAAGGUGCCGAGGCCAAGGCGAAGGGUGCAGUGGUCAUUCUGGGACCGACGACCAACAUGCAGCGCAGCCCAUUGGGUGGCAGAGGUUUCGAGAGCUUCAGCGAGGAUCCUGUUCUCGCCGGCGAGAUGACGAGUGCCACCGUUAGGGGUAUUCAGAGCACGGGUGUGGGUGCCACGGCCAAGCAUUUCGUCACCAACGACCAGGAGCAUGAGCGCAUGUCGGUUGAUUCUAUCGUCAGCGAGCGAGCUCUUCGAGAGAUCUACCUGAUGCCUUUCCAAAUUGCACAGCGAGAUGCUAAGCCAUGGUGCUACAUGACCGCUUACAACCGCCUUAACGGCACCCAUCUGAGCGAGAACCCCAGAAUCCUCCAGCAGAUCCUCCGGGAAGAGUGGGGAUUCGAAGGUCUAGUCAUGAGUGACUGGUUUGGCACAUACUCCGCUGCCGAAUCGAUAAAAGCCGGCCUGGACCUCGAGAUGCCUGGACCUUCGUACGCCCGGGGCGAGCAGGUCUCGCAGGCUCUCAAUUGCCGCAAACUGCUUCCCAAAGACCUCGACCCCUGCGUUCGUGAGGUUCUCAGACUGAUCAAGCGGACUCAACCGUUAGGAAUUCCAGAGGACCAGAAAGAAUCGACCGUCGACACCCCAGAGACAGCCAAACUGCUACGAACAAUUGGCUCAAAUGGGCUUGUGCUUCUCAAGAAUGCGAAGAGAGUGCUUCCGUUCAGCAAGGAGAAGACCACGGCCGUUAUCGGACCCAACGCAACUGUUGCAGCCUUCAGUGGUGGUGGGUCAGCCUCACUCCUACCAUAUUAUGCUCGCUCGCCUCUUGAUGGCGUUCAGGCCGCGUGCUCCAAGACAAAGUAUGCUCUUGGCGCGCCUGGCUGGAAAAAGCUGCCCCUCCUCGAGCAACGAGUCAAGGCCAAGAGUGGCAAGCAUGGGCUGGACAUGAAAGUGUACCUCGAUCCACCCUCCAAUCAUAGCCGAAAACCCUUUGAUGAGCUCUUCAUCUCCACAUCCGAUGUGCUCCUUGCGGACUACAAGAACCCGGCUAUUCCCAAAGACUUCCUGUUUUAUGCUACAAUUGAGGGCACUCUGGAAGUCGAAGAAACCACCGAGUACGAAUUCAGCAUCUCAGUCGCUGGUACCGGUAAGGUAUUUGUGGAUGGCAAGCUUGUCGUCGACAACGAGACCAAACAAGUCAAGGGAGACUCCUUCUUCGGCUCUGGCACGCGCGAGGAGUUAGGUCGGAUGCAUCUUGAGAAGGGCAAGAGCUACCAAAUAUUGAUCACAUUUGGUACUCUUCCCACCAUGACUCUUGCGUCAAGCGGCGCCACCGCCUUCGGUGCCGGUGGCUUCCGUGUCGGCUGCGAGCGCGUCAUCGAUUAUGAGCAGGAGCGCAAGCGCGCUGUCGAGUUGGCCAAGGAGGUUGAUCAGGUUGUUCUUUGCAUGGGUCUGAACAAGGACUGGGAGUCCGAGGGCUACGACCGCAAGCAUAUGGAUCUUCCUGAGGGCUCCGACGAGCUUAUCAAGGCCGUUUGUGCCGCAAAUCCCAACACUGCAGUCAUUGUUCAGUCCGGAACACCCGUCACAAUGCACAGAUGGCUUGAUGGAGCCAACGCUGUGGUACAAGCAUGGUAUGGUGGCAACGAAACCGGCAACGCCAUAGCCGAUGUCGUCUUUGGUGAGGUGAAUCCCAGCGGCAAGCUGCCGCUUUCCUUCCCAGUCCGCAACGAAGACAAUCCAGCUUUUCUGAACUACCGCUCUGAGCGCGGCCGCACGAUUUACGGCGAGGACGUAUACGUUGGCUACCGCUUCUACGAGCAGACGAAGAAGGAGGUCUCGUUCGCUUUCGGACAUGGACUGUCAUAUACAACUUUCGACAUCACGGACUUGACAGUCGAGGAUGGCAAGAACGAAUUUACCGUGGCCGCAACCGUGGCCAAUACGGGCAGAGUCGACGGUGCCGAAGUGGUGCAAGUGUACGUGUCGCAAAAUGCGCCGAGCAUCAACCGCCCACCCAAGGAGCUCAAGGGAUUCAAGAAAGUGCACUUGAAGGCAGGCGAGAAGGAAACGGUACAGCUGAAGAUCAACAAGAAGUACGCAUGUAGCUUCUGGGAUGAGGACACCGACAGUUGGAUUAUGGAGAGAGAUGAGUUUGAGGUUUUGGUCGGCAAUAGCAGUCAGUCUGUGACGAAGGCGGGGAGCGUGAACGUCAAGGAGACUGCGCACUGGAAGGGACUGUGA